CCUCCGGCGGAGGGAGAACGUGUCAACGGCGCCAUUGUCGUGCUCGUGCGCAACAGCGAAUUGGAUGGCCUGCGCAAGAGCAUGCGGAUGUUCGAGGACCGGUUCAACCGGAAAUACAAGUACCCGUACGUUCUGCUGAACGACCAGAACUUUACGCAAGAGUUCCGCGACGGUAUUUCGGCCAUCACCAAGAACGAAUUGCGGUUCGGCACGCUGGACAGCGAACAGUGGGGCUACUCGGACUCGGUGACUCCGGAGGAAACCGAGAAGAAGCUCGAGUACAAUAAGAAUCGCUACCUGUACGGCGGUAGCCUGAGCUACCGCUUUAUGUGUCGCUUCCAGUCGGGCAUGUUCUACCAUCACCCGCUGGUGCGCGACCUCGACUGGUACUGGCGUCUGGAGCCCGAUGUUGAGUACUACUGCGACAUUGACUACGACCCCUUUGUCUAUAUGCGCGAUCGCGGCAUAAAGUACGGCUUCACCAUUGCGCCGCGUGAGGGCCGCCGCACAGUCGAGUCCCUGUGGUACCAUACGCGGAACUGGAUCAAGAACAAUACGCACCUGCUGCCCGAACGCUCCCUGGUCAAUUGGGUGAUGGGCACCGACGGGCACUACAACCUGUGCCAUUUCUGGUCCAACUUUGAAAUUGUCGAUCUGUCGCUGUACCGCGGCGAGGCAUACGAGUCAUACUUUAAGCACCUCGACAACGCCCAGGGUUUCUUCUACGAGCGCUGGGGAGACGCGCCCAUCCACUCGAUUGCCGCCUCGCUUCUGUUGCAGAAGGGCGAGAUCCACUGGUUUGAGGACAUUGGCUACAAGCACCCCGGAAACAUGCACUGCCCGCGCGACAAGGCCAUGCUCUCAAAGUGCAUCUGCAACCCGGACAAGGCGUACACGUACCGC